GGAACCUGGGGCAGGCCGUCAGGAUCGCGCCUGCGCAGAGUCUCGGAGGCGGGACCCGGCGGACGAGGCAAGGAGGGCUGGAAAAGCUGGCGCUGGAAUUGGAAUUGGAGUAGCUGCCCAGGCGCGGGUGGCUGGGACUCUCCAACUCUGACCGAAGCGCAGGCAGCCCCACGGUUGGGGCCGCGGCCGCGAGGGGAUCAUCUCUGGAUAACGCUAUGGUGAAAAAUGUUUCGGAAAGGCAAAAAACGACACAGUAGUAGCAGUUCCCAAAGUAGCGAAAUCAGUACUAAGAGCAAGUCUGUAGAUUCUAGCCUUGGGGGUCUUUCACGAUCCAGCACUGUGGCCAGCCUUGACACAGAUUCCACCAAAAGUUCAGGACAAAGCAACCAUAAUUCAGAUACCUGUGCAGAAUUUCGAAUAAAAUAUGUUGGUGCCAUUGAGAAACUGAAACUCUCUGAGGGAAAAGUUCUUGAAGGGCCACUGGACCUGAUAAAUUACAUAGAUGUUGCCCAGCAAGAUGGAAAGUUACCUUUUGUUCCUCUGGAGGAAGAAUUUAUUAUGGGAGUUUCCAAGUAUGGUAUAAAAGUAUCAACAUCAGAUCAGUAUGAUGUUUUGCAUAGACAUGCUCUAUAUUUAAUUAUCCGGAUGGUGUGUUACGAUGAUGGUCUGGGGGCAGGAAAGAGCUUAUUGGCUCUGAAGACCACAGAUGCAAGUAAUGAAGAAUACAGCCUGUGGGUUUAUCAGUGCAACAGCCUGGAACAAGCACAGGCAAUAUGCAAGGUGUUAUCUACCGCUUUUGACUCUGUGUUAACAUCUGAGAAAACUUGAAUCUGCAAUCAAGUGGAAGUCAACUUUAACUCAAAGUUCAGCUAAAUAGUUCUGUUUUUGAUCUGCCAUGUUGAACUAUUGUAGAAAUAUGAAGUGAUCCCUUGCUCCAGAUUUUCUGAAGAAAAUGCAAUGUAUAAAAUGUUGAUCGUUUGUUUUUAUAUUAAAAUGUGUCGUAUUAUACAGUGA